CCCGCCCCAGCUGCCGCCCGCCGGCUCGCCGGUGCAGCCGCGAUGCCCCGGAGCCCUACCCUGGCCCGGGUCCCCGGCCCACCGCGUUGUUAGCCUCCGUGCACCCCGCGCGCGCCGCCGCCAACGCCGCGCCCCGACGCAGCGAUGGGCAACACCGUGCACAGGACCCUGCCAGACCCAAGCCCACCGGCUCGCCUCCUGGCCACCCGGCCGUGCUGCGGCCCCGGCCCUGAGCGGCGCCCGGUGCUGGGUGAAGCGCCGCGCUUCCACGCACAGGCCAAAGGCAAGAACGUGCGGCUGGACGGCCACUCGCGCCGGGCCACUCGACGCAACAGCUUCUGCAACGGCGUCACGUUCACGCAGCGGCCCAUCCGGCUGUACGAGCAGGUGCGGCUGCGCCUCGUGGCGGUGCGCCCGGGCUGGAGCGGCGCGCUGCGCUUCGGCUUCACGGCGCAUGACCCGUCGCUCAUGAGCGCCCAGGACAUCCCCAAGUACGCCUGCCCCGACCUUGUCACGCGGCCUGGCUACUGGGCCAAGGCGCUGCCCGAGAACCUGGCGCUGCGCGACACCGUGCUGGCCUACUGGGCGGACCGCCACGGCCGCGUGUUCUACAGCGUCAAUGACGGCGAGCCCGUGCUCUUCCACUGCGGCGUGGCCGUGGGCGGCCCGCUCUGGGCACUCAUCGACGUCUAUGGCAUCACUGAUGAGGUGCAGCUCCUCGAGAGCGCCUUCGCCGACACGCUGACGCCCGCACGCCUCAGCCAGGCCCGUUUCAGCGCCUGCCUGCCGCCCAGCAGCCACGACGCCGCCAACUUCGACAACAACGAGCUGGAGAACAACCAGGUGGUGGCCAAGCUGGGCCACCUGGCACUGGGCCGCGCCCUGGGCCCGCUGCCCGCCGACGCCUCGGCCGCCGCCAUCCCGUGCGGACCCCGCGAGCGCCCGCGGCCCGCAUCGUCGCCGGCGCUGCUCGAGGCUGAUCUGCGCUUCCAUGCCACGCGCGGACCCGACGUGAGCCUGUCCGCCGACCGCAAAGUGGCCUGUGCGCCGCGGCCCGAUGGCGGCCGCACGCUCGUCUUCUCCGAACGCCCGCUGCGACCCGGCGAGAGCCUCUUCGUGGAGGUGGGCCGCCCGGGGCUAGCGGCGCCCAGCGCGCUGGCCUUUGGCAUCACGUCGUGCGACCCGGGCGGGCUCCGGCCCGCGGAGCUGCCGGCCGACCCCGACGCGCUGCUCGACCGCAAGGAGUACUGGGUGGUGGCGCGUGCCGGGCCUGUGCCAAGCGGCGGCGACGCACUCAGCUUCACGCUGCGGCCCGGCGGCGACGUGCUCCUGGGCGUCAACGGACGCCCGCGCGGCCGCCUGCUGUGCGUCGACACCACGCAGGCACUCUGGGCCUUCUUCGCCGUGCGCGGCGGCGCCGCUGGCCAGCUGCGCCUCCUCGGCACCCUGCAGUCCAGCCCUGCGACCACAUCCCCAUCAGGGUCCCUCAGCGGCUCCCAGGAUGAUAGCGACUCUGAUAUGGCCUUCAGUGUCAACCAGUCCUCCUCAGCAUCUGAGUCAUCCUUGGUGACCGCACCCAGCUCCCCACUGAGCCCCCCAGUGUCCCCCGUGUUCUCCCCACCAGAGCCGGCAGGCAGCAAGAACGGCGAGUGCACGGUGUGUUUUGACGGCGAAGUGGACACAGUCAUCUACACGUGUGGACAUAUGUGUCUGUGCCACAGCUGUGGCCUGCGGCUCAAGAGGCAGGCUCGCGCCUGCUGCCCCAUCUGCCGGCGGCCCAUCAAGGAUGUCAUUAAGAUCUAUAGGCCAUAGCCUGGCCUGCCAACGGGCCUUGGCCAGAGCAAGGUCACCUUUCUGAAGGCCCCCUGGGCCAGGCAACCGCUGUGGCCACCAGGGGGUCCGAGUGCAGUGGCCAUCCAGUCUGCCACUCUCCAGUGGUGGGCAAGGCAUGACAGUCAUGGAGAUGAGGCCCUGGGGGUCUGAGCCCAGGCAAGGGCUGCUUCUGGCUCAAAAGUGCUUUGCCCCCAAAAUGCCGUCCCAGCAGCGAGCUCAGGAACUGCCUGGCAGACCACCCUGUCCCUUGGUGACCUCUCAGCUGGGAAACAGCAUUCUCUGUGCAAUGCUCUUUGCUGGAGUUGGGUUGAGUGUGUGUGAGAGGGGGUGAGGGGAGGGAGCUGCCAGAAAAGAGAGGGAAUGUGUGUGAGAGAAUGAGUGAGCGAGAACGCAUAGAUAUUUAUCCAGGGAUCCUGGCUCUAGGAGGUUAUUUAACACUAAGAAAUGUGCAAUCCAGAGCCCAGACGGUAGCGUGACUCGAGAUUAUUCACUUUCUGGGGCUGGAACGUCAGCUGGUUUUGAAUGUAUGAAGCCUGCACCUAAAGAGGACUCCCUUGGAUGGUAUAGAAAAGGGACACUCAGAUUUUCUAAGGGGAGGAAAAAAAUAGCUCAUUGUUUACAGCUCCCAAGCAGCAACGCCUUGGGGGGAAGGUGGGUGGAGAACAGAAAAGAACAAUUUGCUUUUUUAGUUUCUUCCUCAGUCCUGGAGAGGAGAUUGGAUGGGUGCUGCCCACUGAGAGCUCUGGGUGCUGUCAUCCCCAGAAGCCUUUCACCCCUUCACCCCAGAUAGCCUAAUAAUAAGCAUAGUGCACCUUGACUCGGUCCCUCUAGAUGUUUUUUGUCUGUCCCACCCCUUGCUGUCCCCAAGAAGACAGGCAGCAGGUUCUCUUUUCCUGGGGGAGGAAAGAACCCAGGAGGCAGCUGACUCCCCUGCAGUUGGAAAGACCACCCAUCCCGCAGACGGCUCUCCACAUUUCGUUUUGUCACCCCGGGCCUGGCAUUCACCAGCAGCAGUGGGCACCAGCAGGGCAAGCUGCUGGGGAAGUGGGAGGAGGAAAAGACUUUGCAACUGGUUCUGAUUCUCAGCUUCUCUUUCGCUGCUGAUUACUAAGAUCCUAAAUGAUCAUUAAAAUGUUAAUAGCUGAGAUAUUAAAAUGCUGACCGUAGGACUCCCCCCGCCCCCCUUCAGGGAGAGUCCAGGACCAUUUGCAGGCAUUUCCUGGGACCUGGCCCUGUCCCUGACUUCUUCAGCCCUGCUGAGGCCCACGUCUGCAGACUCCCAGACCACCCCGGGGCUGAUAGGCUGGCCCAGGCCAGCUCCUUCCUUUUGCCUCCAGUUCUGUCUGGGCCUAACCUCUGCCCUACUUUGUGCUAUACCUUUAAGGAAGCCCCUGGGCCUCUCUGAUUCUCAGUUCCCAAUCUGUCUAAGAUGAGGCCCAGUACCUGCCCACUCCAGAACCCACGAGAGGACCAGCAUAACAUCUAAAAAGCCCGACACCCUGCAACGAAUGGGUAACAUUUUUACUACAAUUCCUAAACUGCUCCUCUGCCACACAGAUGAUGGCAGGGAAUGGAGGACAUUCAGAGAGUUUCUGCAUUCAUAGAGCACAUGUUUGCCAGGUGUCUGGGGGCCCAGAGCCCAGCCCAGUUGGGCCCUCAUCAAAUCAAAGCCCGUAAGACCAGUUGGUCUUUGCGAUGCUCUUGGACCACCUGCUUCUUCUCUGUCUGAAGUGGUCAUAGUGUUCUGACCUGAUCUCAAUUCCAGAACCCCCACCCUUGCCCCUGCAAGGAACCCCGGUUGGCUAUUUUUCCCUAGUGAAUCUGGGAAACAUGCCCACCUUCAAAAAUUUUGUGAUGUAAGUUUUUGGGGAAGGACUGGAGCCCCAGGACAAGAGCUGGAGAAGCUCGGUAGCACCCAGGGCCCAGCUGCAUUUGGCCAGCAGGAGCCUUCCACGUCUCCCAUGCGGGGUGUCAGCACAGCGCAUGGGAGAGGACGCGUGACCUCCUCCCCACUAGAGCUGGUUCUCCAGGCAGCAGUGCCGCUGACAGGAUUGAGCCAGUCCCAAGCUCUGGUGGUCUCAGAAGCCCGCGGGAGGCAGCUGGUCUUCCCUAUUCCUUGCCCUUCCUAACUGCCCCCACCCCUGGGUUCUAGCCAGGGUCAUGUACAGCCAUCACUGGGAAACCAGUGACUGAGGGCCUGGACCCGACGUGGCCCCAGGCCGUGCCCCUGGUGACCCGUUACCCAGAUCAAAAGGAGCUGGUGGCCUGUUUAACUUGUUCCGCAGCUGCUAUAAAUAACCUCCUUGUUUCCAAAAGGAAUUAAGGGGGUGUUUAUCUUCUAAAAACCAGACAUUUCCUGAUGCUCUAAACUGAUUUAUUCAGUGCUAUAGAGGGGCGGCCCACAUGGCCCUCACAUGGCGGGAAAAAGAGGAAAGGGAAGCCCUCUUUCUCACUUCACGCCAUUAUGUGCCUCGGCGCUGGGCUGGAGAGGCAUCCCCGCACAGGGGUCCUGCGAGGCAGGCCUUCUUACCCCACUGAGUCAGAUCUAAAACAUCACUGAUGAUAAAAUAUACCGCCUUAUGUCCCCCUAAGGGGAAAAUAUGCAGAUUUAACUAAGAUGCCUCAGCUACAGGAUUCAUUCUAAUCAGAGACUUGAAAUGUGAGGUGGGG